AUGGUGUCCGGAUGGGGUAACAACGACGACGACGACGACGAUGAGGACGAUGAGGACGAUGAGGACAAUGAGGACAAUGAGGACAAUGAGGACAAUGAGGACGAUGAGGACGAUGAGGACGAUGAGGACGAUGAGGAUGAUGAGGACGAUGAGGAUGAUGAGGACGAUGAGGAUGAUGAGGAUGAUGAGGACGAUGAGGAUGAUGAGGACGAUGAGGAGCAAUGA